UGUGUUUCUCGCUGGUCCCCACCCCCCGCUCGGUGUCUCUGCCUCUGGAUUGGGAGGGGGUUUUCAGCAAUUUGUGAGAUCGUGGGGCUGACAGAGCGUGUGUUUCCCUGGAGUGCGCUGUCUUAGUAACAGAGAGGAGCUGCUGCUGCUGCAGGAGGGCGGUGCUGGUGUCCCCACACUCACACUCACACUCUCACAGAGACAGAGACACACACAGACAGACAGAGAGAGAUGGAGCAGCAAACAGGGGCCACCCUCGCGGCUCGUCUCUGACCCACCGACAAGAUGCCCGUUCGCAGGGGCCAUGUCGCGCCUCAGAACACUUACCUGGACACCAUCAUCCGCAAGUUCGAGAUGCAGAAUCGGAAAUUUCUCAUUACCAAUGUUCGGAUGAAAAAUUGCGCCAUUAUCUUUUGCAACGAUGGCUUUUGUGAAAUGUUCGGCUACUCCAGGGUGGAGAUCAUGCAGAAACCGGGCACCUGUGACUUUCUGACUGGACCGGCCACGCCAGAAAGUGCAAUGGCACAGCUGGCACAAGCCUUACUGGGAUCGGAGGAGAUGAAAGUAGAACUUCUAUAUUACAGGAAGGACGGGAAGAACGACACAUUUGGAGAACCGAUCAGCCUUUACGCCAGGCCAGGGAAGUCUAACUCUGAUGUCCGGGCUCUAACAUACUGUGAUUUACACCGUAUUCUGCGAGAUGAUCUGCUAGAGGUUCUCGACAUGUACCCUGACUUCUCCAAUAACUUCUGGACCAAUUUGGAGAUCACGUUCAAUCUCAGAGAUGCAGAUCGGAUACUCCGUUCACCCCCGAGUGAGGAUUCGGACAAUGGGAACAGAAGAGUUCGACGAAGGAAGCAAUCACUCUGGGAAAGGAGUAACACCGAGACUCUGAAUGAAGGAGAUCCUGAUGGAGCCAAGGUCCCACUACCAAACCACCGCACUCAUACAGCCAGGGAGCACUGGGAUGACAGCAGCAUGACACCCCGCUCACAGACCAGGGAGGACAACCUCAAAGCUUCCGCCUCCAGCGUUACUGAGAUGAACAGCAGAUCACCAGCAACCAAUCUGAACUUUGUUACAUCUGACCCAGUCCCCAUGGAGUACAGGAAGAAAGGCAACGGAACCCAUCACUUUACAGGUACUUUUACAAGUGUGUCAAAUAUGUUCAGUUUCUGGGACGAGAGAAAGGACAGCCAGUUUUCAGAAUUACAAGGACGUUCGGCGUCAGCUCAUGCUAACUUGGGGAGAGCAGCCAGCAUGGAGGACAGGGCACGGCUGGAGGUGGAAUCCAGGCUGGAGAUUCUCCAUGCACAGCUUAACAGAUUGGAGACCAGGAUGACAGCUGAUAUCAACAUCAUCUUGCAGCUCCUGCAGCGCCAGGUAGUCCCUGUACCUGUUCCCCCAGCUUACAGUGCUGUGUCACCAACAUCUCGUCCCAUUGAUAUGUACUCUCCACUAUCAGCAGAACCUAAAGUGUUGCCCUCUCCUCAAUCUGCAACUCCACUUCCAAUGGCUCCUCUAGAGACUCCAUUCUACUCCAAGGCGGAGAAACCACAGGAAAAAUCCCAGGAAUCCUUGCCUGGUGGAGCCCUGCUGACAAUGCUGCCAGAUCAAACUCUGAGCCUACAUCUUCCACCAGGUCAACAAACCUCCCCUCCCCACGCGGCAACUUUUCAGAGGCUGGCUCCCUCAUCCCCUUGUUUCAGCCCAUCUCGCUUUCCCUCACUCCCAGAACAUUUGGAAAGCUCUAGCACAGAUACAGACAUUAAGAGACAUGUGUCAGACCCAGUCCUGCCAGGCAGUUAAGGCCUCAUCAGGAUUUGGCAGGAACAUUACUUUGCUGUGUCCUGUUUUUGCAGAGAACAGUGCUGCCUCGGGGGCCCAUCCUGGACUUGGUUUUAAGUCGUGACUGGCAGAUCAGGCAGUAUUGUUUUGCACAGCCUGCUGGACAUUCUCAAACAAUUGUGGUUGUGUAAGAAUUAGACAAGACAAAGUGGAAACGGGGCAAACCCAUCGGCUUAUCAAUUUUAUCACUUUAUUUUUAAAAUAUUCCUCAUUAUCCACAUGAAAUGAAAGCAAAAGCCAUUCAGUGACCCAUCUCAGGAUAUACCAAAAACAUUGUCUACACAGGUCUGAGUGUAGAUGGCAAGUUUUCAACGGAUUAGGCAGCAAUGGAGCAGUGAAAAGUGGUACACUGGAGCUUUAUCUAACUAUGUACCUGCACUAGAAAUAUUUACCAAGUUGACCAUUAUCUAACCCUGCACUGUACCCUCCCUUGGGCUGUUCGAUGGGGACAGUGUAGGGAGAGUUCUAAAAUCCUGGAUUGUAAAUUGAAUUUUCCUUUCAAUCUGUGCUGGAAAGGUCUUUACCUUUGAGAUGGUAUAAAACAGGCUGGAGUGAAUGGCUGAAAGUUAUACACAGUUGAAACUUUGCCUUUCCAUUCAUGUCACUAUCUGUCCAGCCAACAGUAAAUCUAUUAGUCCUUCAACACUGAAGUUACCUUUGGAGAUCGAUUUACAAGUGUAAAAUCUGACCCCCAGCAUGAGCAGAUUCUCCAAAUCCUCCUGUAACCUUGCAUGCCAUAAAUGCCUCAACCCAAAGGAGGGCAAUCCUUUAAGUUUCCCCAAUUCCUCCAGUAAUAUAGUGCGGUGAUGGAGGGCAUUUAUCUUUCCCCAGUACAACACAGAAGAAUCUAUUAAGCAGCCCCCAAUGGCAUGUGCACCCUGCAUGAUCCUACCAACUCUCAUCAUACUGCCUGCAUUCUCACCAGAAUCCAAUUCCUGCAGGUUUCAGCUGCUCUCAUCUCAACUUCAUGAGCUGUUGUGCAGUUGGGGCUUCCUAUUUGCUGGAGGAUGAGUGACACGAUAAAGGAAAAUGGGCACAAUGGUCUCAUCAGUCAAGCAAUCAAGGACCUAGAAACAGAUUUGCAUCGAGUAUAUAAUAAAUAAUAAUCUGAUUGCUCAA